AUGCGCCAUGCCAUCACCAUGCAGUCCGAUCGAGGCUCUUUGGCUGUCCACUCGCAGCAGCGACACGUUCACAGCAUGCAGCUUGCCCGAAAACUGGCACUCGUCUGCCCGCUCUCCAUCCCCUCUCUCACUUUCUCUGGCCAUUUGCGGUGCAGCGAUACGUCUGCCCGCAUCGUCGGCCGCAUAGACUAG